CGGAAGUUGUUCUCUCGACCCCCGCCCCGGGGCCGGAUCGGGUCUCCGGGGGCUCUGUUAGGUUCCCGCUGCUGUCAGACUGUCUCGUUGGGCCCGAGGGCUGGGUGGCCCUGGGGUGGGCUCGUCCCGGUACCGGGCUCCCUCCAGGACCAGCCUUCCGGAAGCCGAGCGAAUUCCUGUCUCCCAGCAACGAGGGACGGGCUGCGGCCUGCGGGCUUGGCGGCGCGGUCCAGCUCGCCUAGGCGCUGGCCGGAACCCGGAGCCGGGCCCCGGCGGGAGCCGACACCGGAGCCUAGAAGAAUAAGCAGGAAAUGGCGGACGAGGCGUUGUUUUUGCUGCUGCAUAACGAGAUGGUGUCUGGAGUGUACAAGUCCGCGGAGCAGGGGGAGGUGGAAAAUGGACGCUGUAUUACUAAGCUGGAAAACAUGGGGUUUCGAGUGGGACAAGGAUUGAUAGAAAGGUUUACAAAAGAUACUGCAAGGUUCAAAGAUGAGUUAGAUAUCAUGAAGUUCAUUUGUAAAGAUUUUUGGACUACAGUGUUCAAGAAACAAAUCGACAAUCUAAGGACAAAUCAUCAGGGCAUCUAUGUACUUCAGGACAACAAAUUUCGUCUGCUCACUCAGAUGUCUGCAGGAAAACAGUAUUUAGAACAUGCUUCUAAGUAUUUAGCAUUUACAUGUGGCUUAAUCAGAGGUGGCUUAUCAAAUUUGGGGAUAAAGAGUAUUGUGACAGCUGAAGUGUCUUCAAUGCCUGCCUGUAAAUUUCAGGUGAUGAUACAGAAGCUGUAGAACAUACUGAAGUGCAAGGCUUCAACAGUGUAAAGGAUACAUUAUUCAUGGAUAAAGUAUUCCACGUAGCAAUGAUUUAACUACAUGGUUGGACGUUUGUAUUGAUAUAAUCUAUGUGCUAUCUCAUAUAAUGAAAGAUGCACUCUUAAGUGGGAAUAAGGUUGUAUUUUAUCAUUUUAAUACAGACCAAGUUAAAGCAGAUAGUGACAUUCUAUAACAUACACUUUACUAAAACUCUUCAGAAUGAAACCUGAUUUCAAAUAACUACACACCAAGAUGGAGGACCCUUAUUUUCAACAUUCUGAUUUGCUUAGAGUGAUGUGUAUUUAACCACACAUGGAGAAGCAAAACUCAGGGGUUGAUAAAUUAGCAUAAAGAAAAGUAUGCACCAUUCAGAAUCAUUUGUGUAAUAAUGAACAAAUUUUGGUUUUGUUUUAGUUAUUUAAGAAAGCAAACAGUACACUAAAUUAAACUUAAUUUUUAUUUUAUUGCUUAUAAUUUAUUUCUAUUAAAAAUUUUUAUGCCUGUAUAUAGAUUUGUGUGUGUUGUGUAUGUUGUGAUAUAUAUAUCAUAUCUGACUGCCUAAAUUGCUUAAAAACUUAAUUUUACUUUAAUAGAAUUCAGUCCUUGAGAGCUUGAUUAAUGUAAUAAAAGUGAAAUAUAGAUUAGUUUAAAUGUGAAUUCAUUGACUCCAGGGCCAAAGAAUAUUAGGUAUUUUAGGAAGGAAUUUUUAUACUUAGUCCUGUUACAGUCUUGACUUUCAACUUCUCUCCCCAUGUGUGGAAGUGCUGGUGAAGCGUCUAACAUCUUUAUCUUUAUUCCCUUAUUUACUCUUCCCCAGGGGCAGAAGGGUUGAUAAUUGGAUUAGUCACACCAAGGUUCAUUGAACCUAUCUCCUCAGUGGGUUGGGGUCAGUGCUCAUCUAGUAGAUCUCUCACCUCCUCUUCCAUCUGUUGACAUGAAAGGACAAGCAUGAAGAUGAAAGCCAUCACACUGAGAGCAGGAUGCACAGAUAGAAAGCACGUGAAUUGUGCUCCUGAAUUAACCAAUCCUGGAACUGCUUUACCUUUGGACUUUUUGUUAUGUAAGAUAAUAAAUUCCUUAUAUUGUUCAAUCUA